GGCAGACCACAAGCAGUUCUCGCUAGAAACUCAAAGCUACUACAACACGCAUUCAGUCAAUACAGACCAAACUUUUUACUCAAAAACUCAAAUAUGUUCAAGUUGGUGGUAUUGUCUGCUCUGCUCGCCGUAGCUGCUGCCCGUCCCGGUCAUUUGUACGAGUCGCCUUUGGUCUACGCCUCCGCUCCGGCCGCCACCAUUGUCCAGGAGCCAGUGCUGGCCAAGGUUGGUGCCAUCGUGAAGAGUGUGCCCACAUCUGUCUCCCAUCAGAGCCAGUCGGUGGUGCACAGCUCCGCUCAUAUCGUCGAGGAUGUUGUUGCGCCCGUGGUCAAGUCAACGCCCGUCGUUAGCUAUGCUGCUGCCGCUCCAGUGCUGCACAGCAGCUAUGCUGCUGCCGCGCCAGUGUUGCACAGCACCUAUGCUGCUGCCGCGCCAGUGUUGCACAGCACCUAUGCUGCUGCCGCGCCAGUGUUGCACAGCACCUAUGCUGCUGCCGCACCAGUGUUGCACAGCACCUAUGCUGCUGCCGCACCAGUGUUGCACAGCAGCUAUGCUCAGAUUGCCGCUGCCUCGCCGCUGACCUACACCGCGACAGGAGUGUGGUAAAGGAAACCACCCGCAUUACUCAACUGAUGCGAAGUAGGACGUGCAUUUUGUUGGACGGCUUUGUGAUACGAAUUUGAAUAAAUAAAUGUUUUGCUUCGAAUAUCGAUCGAGUAUUAA